UUUUUUGCUUGUUGGUGACAGUUACUGAAUAUUUUGAUAAUUGCAUAUCAUAUGUUUUCGUUAGCUUGAAAUCGGUUGAAAGAGUGCAAGACCCCCAUUUGAUAAAAGUUACCGCUCUAUUAUUCAUAACUUCAAGGAUGACGGAAGAACGACUCCAUAUCGAUUGGGGCAACGAUAAGCUUUAUAGAACCCAGAAGCAAGUUGAAAGAAACCCUUAUGACUUGGAAGCUUGGUCUAUAUUAUUGAGGGAAUGCCAAACCAAGCAUGUAUCGGAAGUGAGGGCUCUUUACGAGCAUUUGAUCACAAUAUUUCCCAGUGCUUCUAGAUACUGGAGAAUAUAUAUUGAACAUGAAAUGAAAUUCAGAAAUUUUGAACGAGUGGAAAAGCUUUUCCAAAGGUGCUUGAUGAAGAUACUAAAUAUAGAACUGUGGAAACUUUAUUUAGCCUAUGUCAAGGAAACCAAGGCUUCACUGCCAACUUACAAAGAGAAGAUGGCACAAGCGUACGAUUUUGCUUUGGAUAAAAUAGGGAUGGACAUACAUGCCUACUCGAUAUGGAACGAUUACGUUAAUUUUCUGAAGGGAGUCGAAGCUAUCGGUUCAUAUGCGGAAAAUCAAAAGAUCUCCGCUGUGAGAAAAGUAUAUCAGAGGGGUAUAAUCAACCCCAUGACCGGAAUGGAGACGUUUUGGAAAGAUUAUAUUGCCUUCGAGCAGGCAAUCAAUCCGAUCAUAGCCGAAAAGAUGAGUAUCGAAAGAAGUAGAGAUUACAUGAACGCCAGACGCGUCGCAAAAGAACUGGAGGUGCAGAUCAGGGGUAUAAAUCGUAAUGCUCCAAGUGUACCCCCAAACGGUACACCGGAAGAGAAAAAACAGGUCGAACUGUGGCAAAAAUACAUAGCUUGGGAGAAGAGCAACCCGUUGAGGACCGAAGACACCGCCCUGUUGACCAAACGCGUGGUUUUCGCCCUGGAGCAAUGCCUCCUAUGUCUGGGACAUCACCCGGAUAUUUGGUACCAAACCGCUCAGUUUUUGGAGUACAGCUGCAAAAUUUUGGCGGAAAAGGGGGAUGUUAAUGCUUCUAAAUUGUUCAGCGAGGAAGCAGCUAAUAUUUUUGAGAGGGCCACUAGCUCGUUACUGAGUAAAAAUCAGCUUCUGUAUUUUGCUUAUGCGGAUUAUGAGGAAGGCCGGUUGAAGUAUGAUAAAGUGCAUCAGAUUUACUCUAAAUAUUUGGAAAUUCCGGAUAUAGAUCCGACUUUGGCAUACAUACAGUACAUGAAAUUCGCCAGGAGGGCUGAAGGUAUAAAGUCCGCCAGAGCCAUAUUUAAGAAGGCAAGGGAAGACAACAGGGUUCGUUACCAUAUUUUCGUUUGUGCUGCUCUGAUGGAAUAUUACUGCAGUAAAGACAAAAACAUCGCGUUCAGGAUAUUCGAAUUGGGCCUGAAGAAGUUCGGGGACGUUCCGGAGUAUAUCACGUGUUAUAUAGACUACUUGUCGCAUCUGAACGAAGAUCACAACACCAGGGUGUUGUUCGAGAGGGUAUUGUCUUCGGGAUCUUUGGAAAACGAGAAAUCAGUUGAUAUUUGGAACCGUUUUCUGGAAUUCGAGUGUAACAUUGGUGAUUUGCAAAGUAUCGUGAAAGUGGAGAAGAGAAGAUCUGAGGUGUUGUCGAAGAUUAAGGAAUUCGAGGGAAAGGAAACUGCCCAAUUGGUGGAUAGAUAUCGUUUCCUCGAUCUGUAUCCCUGUUCAGCGCAAGAACUGAAAAGUAUAGGAUACACUGAAGUUAUCAACAUAACAAGUGCCGGUAGAAAUCACGUGCUUCAUUCCAUUAUUUCUGGGGAUUCGGAGUCGCCUUUACCCACUCCGGACUAUGCACAGAUGAUACCCUACAAGCCGAAAAGUAACCCCCUUCCCGGUGAACAUCCGGUACCAGGUGGCUCUUUCCCGUUUCCCCCGGCAUCAGCACACUUGUGCACGUUGCUGCCACCCCCCAGCUGUUUCAAAGGUCCAUUUGUGGUCAUCGAUCAGCUCAUGGACGUUUUCAACAGGAUCCGUUUACCGGAUACUGUUCCUCAACCGUCCGAACAUGGUGAUAUCCGUCUGUUCGACCUGGCCAAGUCGGUUCAUUGGAUAAUGGAAGAGGGUGGAGGUAUUGGUAUAAAGAGAAGGAGGAAGAUCGGUCUGAUGGACGGUUCAGAUGAUGAAGAUGGUCCGUUGCCACCCAUGAACGAUAUAUACAGACAGAGACAGCAAAAGAGGGUGAAGGCUUGAAAACGCUGGGUGUUAUCCAAGCCGGACUAUCUCGGUUUAGUGUUUCGAUGAAGUGAAGUUCGUAUUUGUGAUCCGAGUGGUUUCAUUCCGACCAACGAGUUGAUUUAUUAUUAUUUAGUUCAUUACGGAUUCUCCCGAAUGAUGUCAUGCAAGAUAAUUCGAAGAUUUCAUAUAAAGUAUGUGAUGAUUAGUAAUUUAUUA